UUUCAUUGAUACCUCUGUCCUUUACCUCUUUGGGAUUUGACAAGCUCCAGACUCUGGCUGUGGAUUCUGAUUCCUUUGCAAAUGGGUAUUUCUUCACAGGAACUGGGUUUCCAGCACUCACUAAGACAGACCUCUGAGUAACUGGGGACUUGGCCUGCCUUGCCUACUGAGCUUGGGGCAGAUCGGAUGGAGAUGAGUUGGUUAUAUUCUAUGAAGUAAUAGCUCACCACCAGCCAGGGUUUAAACUACUUUUGCAGCAUCACUUCACCUGUGGACUCUUCUAAAUUUUGCUUCCUUGGGGAAAAAAAAAAAAAAAACUGGGGUAAGAGAAGGUCAUUUUUAACAAGUUAGCAUCCUUCUCCCUCUUUGAUAAGUUGAUGCAAAGGAUAAGUCUGUGACUUCAUUGGAUUGCACCUUCAAAUCAAAAUAGAAGAGCAAGAAAAAAGGGACAAUGGCUUUAAGUGGAAACUGUAGUCGUUAUUAUCCUCGAGAACAGGGGGCUGCAGUUCCCAAUUCCUUCCCUGAGGUCGUGGAGCUGAAUGUCGGAGGUCAAGUUUAUUUCACCCGCCAUUCCACGUUAAUAAGCAUCCCUCAUUCCCUCUUGUGGAAAAUGUUUUCCCCAAAGAGAGACACGGCUAACGAUCUAGCCAAGGACUCUAAAGGAAGGUUUUUCAUUGACAGAGAUGGAUUCUUGUUCCGUUAUAUUCUGGACUAUCUCAGGGACAGGCAGGUGGUCCUGCCUGAUCACUUUCCAGAAAGGGGAAGACUGAAAAGGGAAGCUGAGUACUUCCAGCUCCCAGACUUGGUCAAACUCCUGACCCCUGAUGAAAUCAAGCAAAGCCCGGACGAAUUCUGCCACAGUGACUUUGAAGAUGCCUCUCAAGGAAGCGACACGAGAAUCUGCCCUCCUUCCUCAGUGCUCCCUGCGGACCGCAAAUGGGGCUUCAUUACCGUGGGCUACAGGGGGUCCUGCACCAUGGGCAGAGAGGGGCAGGCAGAUGCCAAGUUUCGGAGAGUUCCCCGGAUUUUGGUUUGCGGAAGGAUUUCCUUGGCAAAAGAGGUCUUUGGAGAAACUUUGAAUGAGAGCAGAGACCCUGACCGAGCCCCAGAAAGAUACACCUCCAGAUUUUAUCUCAAAUUCAAGCACCUGGAAAGGGCUUUUGAUAUGUUGUCAGAGUGUGGAUUCCACAUGGUGGCCUGUAACUCCUCAGUGACAGCAUCUUUUGUCAACCAGUAUACAGAUGACAAGAUCUGGUCAAGCUACACUGAAUAUGUCUUCUACCGUGAGCCUUCGAGGUGGUCACCCUCCCACUGCGACUGCUGCUGCAAGAACGCCGCAGGUGACAAAGACGGGGAGAGCGGCACGUCUUGCAACGACCUCUCCACGUCCAGCUGCGACAGCCAGUCUGAGGCCAGCUCUCCCCAGGAGACGGUCAUCUGUGGGCCCGUGACACGCCAGACCAACAUCCAGACUCUGGACCGUCCCAUCAAGAAGGGCCCCGUGCAGCUGGUCCAACAGUCCGAGAUGCGGCGGAAAAGCGAUCUGCUCCGGACUCUGACUUCAGGCUCCAGGGAGUCGAACAUGAGCAGCAAAAAAAAAGCUGUUAAGGAAAAGCUCUCAAUUGAGGAAGAGCUGGAGAAAUGCAUCCAGGAUUUCCUAAAGAUCAAAAUCCCAGACCGGUUCCCAGAGAGAAAACAUCCUUGGCAAUCUGAACUUUUACGGAAGUAUCAUCUAUAGGGGAGGGCCGGGGGUGGGAGAAGGAACGAGUCAUGUCGCCAUUUGGAAAUAAAGCUCCUAACGAAAUUCAUAUGUGAAAAGGAAAGCAACUAACAAUAGGUUUGUUAGAACACAGUAGCCCAUUGAUAUACUACUGCCUAUUUACCUAGUUCACCUUAACAUUUAAAUCCACAGGGUAGAUUUCUUUCCAGAUGUGGAAUGAUAAGAAAAUCUCUUUUUGGUUCCUUGUUUGUUUGUUUGUUAACUGGAUACCACAGGCUGAGUAUCUUAUGUAUAAUGAGAACCGGCUACGGAAGAGUAGCUGAGAGGCUUUGGGAGUCCUUUAUCCCAAACGGGGUUUUUCUCUCAUCUUCUACCUCCCUCCUCUGAAUGAGAAUGUGGUAGAAAGAGAUCUGGCCCAAUGGCAUAUGUCUGGGUUUUUUAAAUUUUCCUUUUCCCUUUUGUUCAUGGGGCAAGGGGGGAAAUGGCAGAUUUAUAUGACUUUUCACUCAAAUCUAUUAUGUGCCAGUUUAUAUUGAGGCCGUAUGCAUGAGUAUUUGUGCGACGCAAGCACAACGAUGUCUGUACAUACACACAGUGCACGUGUCCCCUGGGCCUGGGCAUCCUAAAGGGAACACACCUGCUCCCAACAGCACUCUCUUCGACUAAUUGAGGCACAGAUGAGCCUCUGCUCCUUUCUUAAAACCCUUCUGGGAAGAUUUCCCAGCCUCUCUUGGCAACACUUUCCAAUAUCGAGUAACCCUGGUCAUCAACAAAUUGUCUUCCUUAUUUUGAAAUUAACACCCUCAGGCUCCAUUUUACAGUUUUGCUCUUUCUCUGCACUAGGAGAGGGUGAGAAGAGCUUCCUAAAACAUUCUUUGUAUUAAAGAAACAAACAUUCGUUGCCACAAAAAUUAUGACUCAGUGACCCCACACUCAGCCUUCUCUACCCUGAGCUGAGUUACCUUCCUUCUCUCAAUAUUUUCAGAGUACUUACUGCCCAUGUUUUAAUGGUGUGGCCUUUUCAUGUGACCCACAUUCGGUUCUCGGCGUUCCUGUGUACUUGAAUAAGGGUCCGGCCUUUUGUUUGUUUCUUUAAGAGAGAAUUGUAUUCCACACACCGCCUAAUAAUUUCUCAUAACUUUUUAAAACUACAGGGCUACAUUGUUACUUUCUUGUAGCCAGUUUUGUCUGUGGGAUUCUGGGAUUUGGCUGUGCCUGUUCUAUGAUUUGGCUGUCAUUUCCCUGAUGUCUAUGACCAGCCCAACUAGAUAACUAAAGCUUCAGAAUUAAGGUUUUGGCUUUCUAAACAAUCUUUCUUGAAUACAUCUUUGACCUAUACAGACACAGCCAAAAAGAAAGUGUUAAUAGCCAUCUACCCGUAUGACUCUGUAUUCUAUUAGUGUACCAAUAGCUCCUUCAUAGGCUCGUGGUAAAUGAAGAUUAAAAGACCAGUUUUUAAUUUCAGCAUUCCCCAUGCAUUUCAGUGGGAACUUAAAAAAUAAUUUGUCAAUCAUUAUUUGUGUGCCAAGCACUCCUAAUUUUUUUUUAUUGUGUGUGUAUGUGUGUAUGUAUCUAUGUAUCAACAGAUAAUAAAGGCAACUGGAUGAUGUCUGUAGGAGGGAAAAUAAUGACCAAUUGCUUCCUCUUGAAAUAUUUUGUUGAUGCACAUCUAUUAUGUAGGAGGUUCUCUCUUGAUUGCUCUUAUUAGUGACCAUUAGUACAUGGGUAUCUUCCUGAAUUUUUGUAAUCUUGCCCUCACAUCUGGGCAAAAGACUCAGCCAAUGUUUUCUUAUCCUGAGGCUCAAAUGGAAUUUAGAGUUCGACUGGAGUGAAAAAGAAAGUUGGGGAGUUGAGUUGUCAAGAGAAUUAUCAUUUAUGAAUUCAAGUGGUGUUCUUUCAUGGAUUAAUAUAUUAGCAGGUGUUUGUUCUUAACUACAGCAUAGUUUUGUAAAGCCCUACCAAUAUGCCUUCUUUCCUUUCAAUGUUUCUUAAUUCAACAUCAUCCUAUUAAUAGAGGAUCCUGCAAAGAAUUACAGAAUUUAAUGGGUCAAGAAGAAGUUGAAGACAGAUAAAAUAUCUUCAAACUCACUUAGGUCAGAUGAUGCUUGUGGCCCUACUGGAGUCUGGCAUCUACAUAAAAUGGCCAAGUUCCAAUUUCCUUAAAUUUCAGACCUAACUCUAGUGGUAUGAAGAUAGAAAUACACUAGUAAGAACUAAAGAAGGAGGAAGAUGUCAGUCAACCCACUACUUCCACUGCCUGCUUUAAACAGGAAACCGAACACUGCAAAGACAGUGUUCAUGGCCUACUUUUUCUGUCCCUUGACCUGUCAUGAAUUUUUUUCUGCUUAGGUAUUCCUUAUACCCCUAGUGAACAAAGCUAGUGGUAGGAAAUCUGGUUGAAACAAUAAUAACAUUUUUAAUCUGGACCAUCUCUAGACGGACACCCACCCAAAUAUUCCAAAUACCUAAGACAGGAGCAAGGUGUUUAUUUGUGUGGGUAUUGGUAGAGAGAUGAAUAUAGACUUAGUCAGUAAAAAGCCCUCAGGAGGCACAAAGUCAAUGGAAACCUUCAGUUCCUAGUUUGAAGUUAUCAAGUGAGGUGUAGGUGGCUUGCCACAUUGGAAAUGAUUUCUGGGUAAGUGAAUUAGAGGAUUAAAUGCUCUAUUGAUCCCGAUUCAUACCUGUUUCCCUGAGCUUAAAAGUUUUAAGAACUUUUAGUUCAUUUCCAGAAAGAACAAUAUAUGUGGUUCGCUUCUUGAAUAUAGGUUAUGAUGAGGGUCGUAAUUUGCUGGUACGAAGAAACUAGUAACAUCAGAUGGAUCAAAUGAAUGAGGAAUCAUAGGUGUAGAACCCUAACUUAGGUUGCCUCCUGGGAAAUCCUGCAAUGCUAAAAUCCAGUGACAUUGGGGAGGUCACUCUUGACAGGUAUGUGGAUCUCCUGGAGUCAGGAAUAUAUUUAUCAAGUCCUCCGACGCACUGUCAAAAACAGAAUGUUCAGCAGGAAAAGGGGAAGACAGGAAAGUAAAACUGUGAGAUCACUGUGUUGGUGUGCUCUCCCUCCCCCAGUAAGAAAAAAACUGCACUGAGUUUGUGGUCAUAAAACAGCCAAGUGAAGUGGCCUCCGCAAUAUGCAGUGGUGUUACCCUUUGUGAUUGUAGGCAGUUGUCUUACUGGAAAUGCAUGCAUGGCAAAUUAAAAUAAAAGGGGAACAAUGCACAAAUCAUAUGUUCCCUUCGCCCUUUACUCCCCCAUAGCUACAUCUACCCCGACCUGAUUCACUUUAGGGAUACACAUUUCGUAAAAGAAAACAAAUGGAAUUUUUCACUUUUGAGGUGCCCCUGUUUGAUUCAGAGGCAGCUUCAUUCCUAGGUGCAUCUGCCUGCUCUUCAUGGUGGGUCCUCUUCGUUGUCAACUCCUUGUGGUUCUGGGUUACUUUCGCUUCUCUGGCCUAUAGAUUCCCCUCUGAUUGUCCUUUGUCUCUGCCAGGCAAAACAUGCUCCAGUGAUAAAAGGAAAAGGCAUAUAUGGUGGUUUGCAAAAUUACUUGACACCAACUCCCAUAAUGGGAGCCAAACUUUGGUUCUCAGACAUUUUCCUUUGUUACAGUUUUAAGCUUCCAACUUUGUAUUUACCAUAAUGAUUUAACCCAGAGUGCUUGAGUGCUGGUACUUUCUGCCAGUAGAUAUCAUGUUGUGGAAUCUAACUAACCUUGGUCUUCCUAGAUGAUCUUUGCUAGAAUUAAUGAGUCUUUCUGUGGACUUUUAGGAAGAAUUCUUUGCCACCUCCACUUGACGUAGCAAUUUUCAUAGGAAAAAUGCAAGUUAUAUUUUUCCCCUGGUGACUCUGUGGCAGAUAAAUGUUUUUGCCAAUUUGCAUGCUGGGUUAUAGGUUUAGCGUGGGCCAUUUCUCUCUUUAAUGUCUUGGUAUCAUUGGCAUCUUGCAAUCUUGAUGACCCACUGUUCCAAUUUAUUUAUUUUCGUUUAUAUUGUCAAAAUAACACACUAGAGAAGGAAUCAGAGUGAGUAUUCUGUAUUCUGAGUUAAAGUGGAGUUAGAUGUCAUUUGUGCAGGAGUGUACAAUGAUUAAUAUCUGCAGAGAAAUUAGACCAAAUGAAACCUGCUGGAAUGGGUUUGAUUUAUAUUGCCUUCAUCUCUCUGGUUUGAGAUGAAAUGGUUACUGCUCUCCACCCUGGCUGAAAGAAAAGAAUCUUAAACUUUAAUAAUCACCACGCUGUGAUGCAACCACGGAGCUUAUAUGUUUGAAAUGUCUGUAUUUCUCAUCUUGCGACCUAACAUUAGAAGGGAGAUUCUUUUUGUAGUGACCUCCAUUGCAAACGUUUUAGCAGUGUUGUUCAAUACUCAGCCUUCACAAAAAUCAUUUGUAGCACUUGUAAAAAAUGCAGCUCCCUUUACCCUAGCCCCAGAGAGUCAUUCAGAAACUUCAAGCAGGGCCAAGGAAUCUGCAUUUUGGUCCAGCUUCUCUCACGAUUUUGAUGAGAUGGUCUGUGGACCUUCGUUUAAGAAAUCCUGCUGUUGAGGAGUUGACUGUGCAAAGGUCCACAUUUUCUCCCUUCCUUUCACUUUCUUUCCACUACAAAGAAGUCAGAGUUUGCAUUAUUCACCAAGAGGAAAGGCCCAAAGAAGAGCAUCCCAGGACCAGGGCAAAGUAGGUUCCAUGAUUCCUCUGCCCUUUCAUCUGCCUGUCAGCCACCUUUCCAUUCUGUGUGUAUUUGUACGAUCGGGUUUUGUUUUGUUUUUUGUCAAACUGAAAGCCUGCAUCAAUAUAGUUUUAUCUCUGGGUACUCUGGGUAGAUGGGAGCACAUCUCUCAGUGAGAUACAUCCUUAUGAUACCCAUCAUGGAAGGAAAACAAAUGAACUUUCCCAAGGAGAGUUGUUCAUUUCCAGGCCUUGUGCAGUGUGAGUCAGAGGAAUUUGAGAAUGAUCCAUAACUUGGUGGUGGUGUGUGUGGUCCCAAAGGUGGUUCCAUUAACUGCACAUACGAACACCACCAAAAUGAAUAUGGAAUGAUUAGUGAAUUUAGCUGUAUUUCACCAAUAAAAUCCUGAGUCAUUGAAUUGCUAAAUUUGUCCAAUCUGAUUCAUGCAGGAUUACGAAACUCUCAGAUAGUUGAGGAUGCUGAACUCCAACAUUAACUAAAAACUGCAAGCAAAACCCAUGAGGGAAAAUAAAUACAAAAUAAAGAAAGAAAUAGUGAAUUCAAAAUAGUGGUCAUAUUUCAUAUGCAGUGACAAGAAGGAGAUGAAGUUCUAUAAUUUUCCACUCUGACCAGAAAGGAAGGCCAUACUCUGAUUAUUCAGAUAGAAACAAUUCUGGAGAGUUUCAACAAUCCAGUUGGUUCUAUCCUUAUAACAGAAUAACUGGGCGGAUAUCAAAUUCCCACAUGAUAAGAGAAAUAGAGAAUGAGUGGCUUAAACAUACACUUGUGAUCCUCAGUGAAUAUUUAAGUAAAGACGACUGUCACAGGAAAGUGAAGAAUGGCUAAUGAAACUAAUAAACUUGAAUUGCUAAUUAAGAUUUUUCGGCCAAGAUUCUUAAAAAAUAUUAAAUUUGAUUUAGCUUGCUUUCCUCCUCUACUUCCCAAGUGGGAUCCCUUUUCUGCCUCAGCUUCCUAACCUUUAAAAAAAUGGUCCUCUUGUUUGUGAACAAACUGUGUUGUUUGUUGGGUAAAGAAUUUUUAGUUCCUAGACUGUAAUCCUUGCUUUAUUUAGGGAAUCUACUUUGAAAAAGCUAAAGAAAAAUGUGCCCUGGUCCUGCAACUCUCAAGGGGUUUGUCCUGGCCUGAGGGGUGGUGAUUUUCUUGUUAAUCAGCCUCCUAAAAGCACUUACAUGCCAACUGGAGGAUUUAGUGUCUCCUGUUUCCAGCAACCUGUUCCAUCUUGUCAGUUUAUUCUUAGAAUUGACCUUUAGCUAAUUUACCUGCAUUUGCACAAUAAAAAUCAGCAUCCCUUCAGACUCUCUCUGCUGCUGGUGGUUGGCUCCAUCCAUCACAAAUGGAAGUAGGAUUGGUGCACAAGAAAGUAGUGGAGAAAGUUUGCUUUAUACUUGCACCUCUCUGUGAGUGGAUGUAAGUGUGUACGCACACUUGUGCCAUUUUUAGGGCAAUGUCGAGUCAGUGGCUAAUGCCCAUGGUAACACUAUGUGAAUGUGUGGGAAAAGUCUUUGGUUACAAAGUUUCACAGCUUUUAAUUCAGCUCAACAGUUUGUCUUUACUAUGGGUGUCAGUGCUUGAAAAGGUAGAGUGAAGCCAGUCUCCUGAUGUGAAAUUCAAGCGUUACAGAUUUCUGGGUACAAAUCAAACCCAUUUUUAUUCAUAUAGUCACCAGUGACAGUGACACUCAAAACAAAAAUUGAAAAGGAAAGGAAAGAAAAAGAAUACAUGAAAGCUAAAAUACACAUAGAAUUCCCGCUAGUGGUUUUUCUCAAUUGCAGCCAGUGGUCAGUGGUUUAUUCUUGUAUGUGAGAGACAGAACCAAUUUCAGGAAACACUCUUUGAUUUGUAUGGGUUUUGUGUAUUUAGGACAGUGGCUCUCAUUCAGGAGUGAUUUUUGUGCCCUGGGGGACUUUUGGCAAUGCCUGGAGACAUUUCUGAUUGUCAUGACUUCAGAGGUGCUAACUGGCAUCCAGUGGGUAAAGACCAGAGAUGUUGCUAAACAUCCCAGAAUGCACAAAACAGCCCCUAUGACAGUUAUCCAGCCCAAAGUGUCAAUAGCGCUGAGGUUGAAAAACCCUGAGUUAAGGGUUGGCUCUAAUUUUCCAAAGCAUUCUUACCAUGUAGAGAAAGGACAUCUGGGUCCUUUCCUGGAUAGGAUGAAAUAGCACAAUAAUAAUUAGUAGCACCUUAAAUCAGUACAGGGUUUAUUUGAAAUUAGAUACAGUUAUCCCUUUUACAGGUGUGAAUGCUGAGAUUUAGAGGGAGAAAUAGGUCCUGUUUCCCAGGGUUUCAGUAGUGAUGGGGCAGGUAUGUGGCCUGGGUUUCUGUCUUCUAUGUCAGUCGCUUUCUGCCUCAGAAAAAUGAUACUUCGAUGAAGUCAUCAACCUUAUAACAACUCAAUGUGUUGUGUGGAAAGUGCUUUGGGAGCAUUUCCAGUUCAUGUGACCUGAUUAGGGACGUUUUUCAAGCUGAGCAACAGUAGAUAACAGGUGCUCUUAGAAAUGAAACAGGAAAAAGGGAGGAAAGUGCCGAGACUAGGCCAAUGAUUUCAUCCUUUUGAACUGAUCAUUGUGUACUUUGUUUCUUUAGGUUGAAAAUCCCCUCACUAAAGACGCCUAGAUCUUGGAAAAUAUUGUCACUCACACAGGUGGUCCCUAUGUCCUUAUUUUCAAAGAUGUGACAAGUCUAAGCAUAAACCCUGACUACUGAGCCGCCUUACUUCAUUUGUAUGUACUGACUUCAUUAGGACACGAAACAUGUGGUUGUCUUAAAUAGUUGACAUUUUUCUUUUAACUUACCAUACCAACAUCCCAGUGAUGGAAUCAAGGUCAGAACAUUCUGUCCUCAUUUCAUACAAGAGAAACUGCAACUCAGAGACUUUUAGUCCUUCAUUCAUUUGUUCAUGCAUUCAUUUGACGGGUAUUUGUUGAGUGCCUACCAUUUACAGGUCACUGUCGUGAGCAUUAUAAUCUAGGGAAUCAAAUUUGUGAUACAGAACUUGAAUUCAGAUUACCCAAAUCCUAGACUAACAUUAUUUUUGUAUGUAAUUCUGAUCCACAUUCUAGAUUUCUAAUUUAAAUAUAAGUUAUAAAUAAUGUAUAUUAAGGAAUGUGUGCACAUAACAAAUAUGUGCCAGGAACUCUAAUAAGUGGUUUACAUGCCUUAUCUCACUUAAUCCUGUAACAACCCAGUGGAGUAGGCCCUGUUACUGUCCUCUUUCUACAGAAGUCAGUGAGACUCAGAAAGGUAAAGUAACACAUUAACUUGACAGCAGCAGAGCCAGAUUUUUCAUCUGGGUUUAUUGGACUCCAAGUCUGAUGGCUCAACCACCUCAUUAAAUAAUGUCUUAUCUCUGUUCUCUAGAUUUCACCUGUUUCUGGUUUCUUCUACUCUAACCAAAAGGUAGCCAGGAGAAAUCCAGCCUGACACCCUUCCAGAAAGUUACUAGCUAUUUUAUAAAUUGCGAAUUCCGUUAGACAUGCAUUUCCCUAGUAGAUAAAGGAAAGACACGUCUGGAGGAGUAGUUUUGCCUACUACACACUGUACUUCAUGACACAAGCCCUAUCAAGGGGCAGUAAUGUUAGAGAACAAGUAUCUGGUGAAUGCUGAUACCCUAUGUGUAUCAGGAUUCAUACCCAACAUGGCGAGAGAGAUUCCAGGUUAGGACAGUGGCACCUAAUGCCUGCUUGCUGUGCUGUUUAGAGGUUACCAAGGCAAAUUUUACGAGAGGUAGAAUAGGUGUCUUUGCGUGCAUGUGUGUGUACGUGUAUGUAUGUACUAUUUUCACCUUUUGGCCUUUUGACCAAUAUCGGUGUUUGUUCAAGACAGGUCAGAAAUCCAAACAUGAUUGGCUGUCCCCAGCAUCCCAUCAUUACUGUUCUAAGUUGAAAAAAAGAGAGGCAGCUACAGAAAAGAAACUGCACUGAGAUAUGUGUGUGCGUGUAUGAAGAAUAUAUGCACAUAUGUGUGUUGUGUGUUUAUAUAUAAAUUUCAUGUAUAUAUGUAUAUAUGUGUGUACAUCUAUCUAAAUGUAUAUAUAUAUAUCUAUACAUAUGUAUACACACAUAAACAAAUCUCAUAGUUUGAAACUGGGAUUUUGAGCUGGAGGGGUUAUUAUUAUUUAUAAUGGGUUUUGUAGAUAGUUUAAUAUAGUUCUGUUUUCCAAAAUUCUCUCCCACUAUGAGUGUAUAUAUUUAUGGUACAGAAAAUAUGAUUAGAAUACCUUGGUUUAACAUCUAUGGAUACAAAACCAAACAAAAGUGCAUUUAAGGAAAAGCCAAACUUGUAAAAACUGGCUUUCUUAUUUCAACCAUUUGUUGGAAUUUCGAACUAUGUGUUUUCAAACAUGAUCAUUCCAAAAGAAAAGGAAAGAAAAGAAAAAAAAGCUAAAAGAACAAAAAACAAAACAAAAACAAAAAAUGCACCAAAUGAAUAUGAUGGUGUUUAAGAAGAGGAGAAUAAGAAAAUGUAGGUCUGUGAGAGCACAAAUUCAGUGGUUAUUACGCUAAUGGUACUUUACCUACUAUUGGUUGGUUUAUUCUUUCCUACUGAUUUCACUUCAUCACUCAUGGGGGUUCCUGUGGCCCUACACAAUUUGUAGGUGGAGCUAAUUAUCUGUUUAAUUAUUUUAAAGCUAUAGUAAAUAAUUUAUAAUAUGCACAUUGUAAAUAUAUACUAAAGCUUAAGGGCACGUUGUAAUAAUAACCAAACACUUUCUAGGCUCCUGCAAAUAACCCUGUAAGCCUGUUCAUACAGACACCAAAAUAGCUGCUCAAAGAAGGAACAAAAUACAGUUAAAUGAAAACAAUACUGCUUACAUUUUGGCAUCCUAUAGGCAUAAUGGCCAAAUGACUACAAUUGGGGUACUCUAAAGAAUAUGGUAAGGUAUAUUUUCGUUCAUAACCAUGUGCUUUGCAUAUUUUGGAGAAUGUGAAACUUGUUUUUAGUCAACCUAUGCAAACAGAGCUUCCCUGGUGCUCCUUGGGAUCAGUUUGUAUGCACACAAAUCCACACCCUCAGAAGCAGUCUGACUCUGAGCCCAGGGACAGGCUACUUGUCCAAGCACAGAUUCCUUCUCCCAGGGACCUGUCAGGUUUGCUCAUACAAUCAGAAGCAUUUGCAAAAUAAUUGAGUAUGGUCAUUUAUUUAUUUUUUUUCCAUAGGCUCCCUGCAGAUGUGGUCUUAAAAGCAUAUGACAGAAAAUCAAUUUUGUAGCAACUAGAUGCUUUAAUUAGGUUUAAGAACACUUGAAGAAGAAUUGGUUUGUUUUUCCCAAAAAUUCUGGAGCAGAGGGGGAAGUUUUACUUCAUCCUUGGCUUCAAGUUCCCUAUCACUUUCUCUCAUUUAUUUAUUUUUUAAUUCCAAAGGAGAAUGUUGAAUCAGAAGAAUUUUGCUUAAAAUAUUCUGAUUAGUGUCUAAAAGGACAGACUAAUGUAUUUUUGUAAAUCAUGAGGAGUGGAGAAAUGGGGGUGCCAAAACCCCUGAUUAUCCUGUUUCUGUUCUAAGGAAGUGGAUUCAUGAACUCCUGGAGUGGUAUCCUUCUUAAAACACAUAGAAACACAAACCUAGGAGACUUGCAUUAUGAGAGUCCUAUUGAAAGUUCUAAUGGGAUCUGCUGUAAAUGAGUCACCAUUUAGAUUAGUGAUGGAGUCCAGCUUGCUUCCCUUUGAGGAACUUACUCUAGAAUCAAGAAUCUUUGUGUUGGCUGAAGGAAUUGAACUCAUGAUCUCAUUUGAAUUCCUGCCCCCCCUCAUCUUUCGGAACCAGCAGAGCACUGGGUUGAGCCUAACAAAUAAAAUAAUUUGUCCAAAUUAAAUGGGCAUGUUUAAAUAUUAUCAGCACCACCCUCGACACUUAUACAAAUAAAGACCCUGUUCGUGAGGUUACCUGGAGAUCUCCAAACACAGUUUGCCAGGGAUUAUCAAGCUCCUCUAACAUUCAUGGCUGAUGUUUUGAAUGUGUUUGUCAACAUAGAGGAGUCCGAAUUUUGCUGGUACUAACAUCAAGUGGUGAUCUCUUGGGGCCUUGCUCGUGUUACUUUUUACUGACCUCAUUCAAGUGCUUGAUGACUUGGGUCAGUUUGUCGCACACUGAUGUAUACCAAGUGACACCCACUGAAAUUACCUCUUCUCCUUUCCAAUGCAGUUCGCUUGUACAUAAGUGUAAUGUCAAAUUGUUUACAGGUUCUUUUUGUGUAUAAUUGUGAUAGCAGAUUUAGCUCAAACUUUAAAGGAAUCUGUUUACUGAAUGGUGUUAAAAUGAAUGUGCUUAUUACAGUAUAAACAUCAUUAAUUAUGGACUCACACGAAUGCAUGUCUACAUGUUGUCAAUUUCCAGCAGCUCGGUUAUCCAGCAAAAAGUCUGCGGUCUGUGAAUAGCAAAUAUACAUAAACUACUGUGACUCUAAUAACUCAGUAACUGUUUUUACCUUGGUAUGUAACACUGUAGAUUUUAGCCUGCUGUACUACUUUCUUACCUAUUUGUUGGGGAGAGAGACAUAAAAGAUCGUACUACUGAUCGUCCCAAUGGAAUUGCACACCAUUUUGGCAACCAUUGGUCCACCUUAAAGGCAACUGCCUAUUGAUGGAACAAUAGCCCUAGGCAACAUAUAAAUAUAUACAUACAUAUCUAUGUAUGCAAUAUCUACAAUGCUAAUUACUACCAUCUAUUUUCACUGCCAGUGGAAAACUACUAUUUUCUUUGGAAUCAUUGAUGAUAUAAAAAAUUAAUUUGCUAUUAUCUGCUUUCAUAUUCUGUUUAGUUCAUCUAGUAUGGUAAAUGAUACAGGUGCAGUAUCAGUAUUGUAAAAUUGUGUGGUGAAGACUACAAAAGUCAUUCUGUGGAUAUAUUUUAAAAGGCAGCCAGAAACUAUAUUUCAGAUUCUUGUGUGAAUAUAAUUACAGAAAUAGCAACUAUUUUUUAUGUGUUUCCAUAAAUGACUCCAUUUCAUAUACAUUGUAACUUAGCACCGAUCAUAAUAAAUCAUUUG